AUGUCGUGGGCGGCCGAAUUUGGGUGGGUGUGUCACGGGGCAAGCUGUAUGUUGUUUUGCUUAAGAGCAGCCCGAAGGCAAGAUUUACUGACGUUAGCAUGGCAUCAGCGAUUAAUUUAA